GAGCCCGCCCAACGACCGUGGGUUGGAGGCGGUUUCUGGUUGUUGGGGCGUGUGUGUGUGUUUUUGGGGGAUUAAGGGGUACGUGAAGGCGAAACAGAACUGGCCAUGGCAGCAGCAGAGGAUGAGGACGGGGGCCCCGAAGGGCCAAACCGCGAGCGGGGCGGGGCGGGCGCGACCUUCGAAUGUAAUAUAUGUUUGGAGACUGCUCGGGAAGCUGUGGUCAGUGUGUGUGGCCACCUGUACUGUUGGCCCUGUCUUCAUCAGUGGCUGGAGACGCGGCCAGAGCGGCAGGAGUGCCCAGUGUGUAAAGCUGGGAUCAGCAGAGAAAAGGUUGUUCCUCUUUAUGGGCGAGGGAGCCAGAAGUCCCAGGACCCCAGAUUGAAAACUCCACCCCGCCCCCAGGGCCAGCGACCAGCCCCGGAAAGCAGAGGGGGAUUCCAGUCAUUUGGAGAUACCGGGGGUUUUCACUUCUCAUUUGGUGUUGGUGCUUUUCCUUUUGGCUUUUUCACCACCGUCUUCAACUCUCAUGAGCCAUUCCAUCGGGGUACAGGUGUGGAUCUGGGACAGGGUCACCCGGCCUCCAGCUGGCAGGACUCCCUCUUCCUGUUUCUCGCCAUCUUCUUCUUUUUCUGGCUGCUCAGUAUUUGAGCUUUGUCUCCUUCCUGCCCACCUCCAGCCAGAGGAGAAUCAGUAUUGGGGGUCCUUGCUGACCCUUCCUUACUCCUGGCCCCUCCUUCCCCAGCUCCUCCCUUUCUAUUGGCUAAGGCCACGGCUACUUUCUAGGAGGCUGUGGGUAGGAGGAGUGACAUCUGUGCAGAGUAUGGGAGAACCUUCUGCUCUGAACUCACUGAGUAGCAUCAUAACUCCCACCUCUGGGACAGGAGGACAGACAGAAGAGGAUGUCUGUUUCUCCUCUCUCCUGAUCCUUUGCUUUUCCCCACUUUUACUGAUUUGAUGUUGAAAGAUGAACAAGGCUCCCUCUGACUCUCCCCUACCUUCCCCCUGUUGAUUUAACUUAAUUUUUCUCUCCCUAUUGUCUAAUAUGGUUUCUGCCUCUAAGUGCUUUCUUCCCCUCACUACCUCCUUUAUUAUAAAUUCAAUAAACAAGGUGAGAUGUAUUGAUGGGAGCUCUGCCCACUUUUGUCCUUUCCUCCUUCCUUCCAGGACAGGAGCAUCUUAUCCCCAACUGAGUAAAUAUCUGUGUGGUAUGGGGAGGUGUGAGGGUGAGCCCCUCUUCUUCAAGACUCUCAAGGAUUCAGGGGGUGAGGGUGUCUCACACACACUCACUGUCUCUCUCACACACACACACACACAGACAGACAUGUGCACGAGAGCAAAUAGGCGAGGUGUUUACUUAUCACUAUGGGAGGCUCUGGUUGUGGAAGCAAGUUUGGUGAGGUGGGGUACAGGUUAUAUAGGGGGAAAGUGCUCUGAGGCCAGGACAGAGCAGCUGGGGGCAGGGGGAGAAAAGGGGGCUGACAGAUGGGGUCUAGCUGUCACCCCUCAGGGCCCGGCUGCACCGCUCUCAGCUGCCUCUGGCUCCUCUGACUGAUUCAGCUCUACGCGCUCCUCCUCCUCCUCCUGGUUUUCUGGGGCCUUCCUGGGGAGGGGGAUUGGGGAGAAUUCUGCACAUGGUUUCUAGCGCUCCGUCAUUCCUGCCCCCACACCCCUCCUUGCUGCCUGGUGGUCCCAAGUCUGAGCUGUUUGGCUUUCUCACUCACCUUUCCUCUCUUCGGGGUCGCUGUCUUCGCCACAUGAUGGCCCCAAUGAGCAGGGCAGCGACCCCCAGGCCUCCCAGGAUCCCCAGGGCCAGGGCUACAGUUCCCAGUCCCUGCCCUUCCACAGAGCCUGUAGAGAGAUGGGGAGAAGUGAGGGCCCCCACCACUCACCAUUCCUUUCUUGUUGACCACCCAUCCCCAAGUCCCGUUUGGGCCCUCUGCUUCCAACCCCUCACCUGCGAUGGGCUCCUCCUCUGCUUCUGAAAGGCAAAGUCAGAGCAAUUUAGAAGGGAAGGUCUAAAUUUGAGAGAAGGCUAUUAGUGGGAGCCCUGAUUGAGUCUUCCCCUUUCUUGAGAGGAGAGAGGGAACAGCUGGGCUGCUCUCUCAGGAGAGUUUGGGUGGGGCAGAGGAGGCCUGGAUGUGGGUGAACCAAGGAGGAGUGGUGUGGUUCUUGGAGACAGUGCCAGGUUGGGCUAGGGAACUGGUAUCCGCACUGUCCCUUAACCCAGCCCCAGGAUCCCUGGGGUUUGGAGAGAGGUUUUUCUCACCUAUGACGACACGGACAGCCGGGCUUUCCUGGGGCCCAUGGCUGGGAUAGGUGGCCACACAGCUGUAGCUUCCCUCAUCGUCAAACUCCACAUCACUGAGAAGCAGCACAGGGCUGGGGGCAAGGUGCAGGGGUAUGCCCUGGGGGUGGAAGGGGGACAGAGACUUAUAAAAUCUCCACACAUCCCAUACUUCUGUCUUUGUCUUUACAUCCUCAAGUACUCGGUUGUCUUUCCCAACUCCUUGCCAACCUGUCCGUGAGCCUCCUAUUCUCAUUGCCAGUGAUGUGUCUCUCUACUUCCCAGCCCCCUCCCCAAGUCACUCACAUCCUUGAUCCAGUGGAUCUGAAGGGAGGACUGGGCAGGGGUUUCACAGGUCAGGGUCACAGUACCACCACGAACUAGUUUUCCACCUUCUGGCUGUAUCAUCACUCGGACCUCUGGAGGCACAGGCUCUGGGGCAGAGGGCAUGAAUGAAGUUGAGAGUUAUACCUGUGUGGUCCUAGUGGCCGUGGGCUUUCCUCUUCCCUGAGGGUCUCUACUCACCCCAGACUCUGAGCUGGAUGGAGGCUGUGUGUAGGGCUCGACGCCGGGGAAGUCCAGGGCUGAAGCUACAGGAGAAGGUGAGGUGGGGAGCUCCUCCCCAGGCUGGGGUCACCAUCAGCGCCGACUGGAGUGUGAAAAGCCCUGUCUGAGGGUGUCUCGUGGUCUCUUCCAGCACAGACACUCCUGUGCAGGGAGGGGAGGGUAAGGCAAGAUAUCCCAGGGUGGGUGUGGGAGAGGGAUCAGAAAGAAAGCAGCUGGGAGGGGAGACUUUGGGACUUACCUUUGCCAUCAGGUAUGAGGAGUUUCCCGUCUGAAUGCCAAUUAAGAGUCCCUGCAGGAUAGCCCCCCUCGGACACACAUGUCCCCACCUGGGGAAAGAGUGACCUUCAUUAUCUUUGAAAAUAAGAGACUACACACAACACACACACACACACACACACAGAACUUACACUCCCCUUCCUCUUCUUAGGACUGCUUUCUACUCCCCCCCCACCCCCACCUACUGCUACCUUAUUGGGGACACCAGGCACGAGUUCAGAGGCAGGAGAGACAAUUUCUGGCUUCCCAGGAAUCUCUGAAGGAAGGAAAAUUUCAGUCAGAGGCUGCAGCUUUGAAGACUCACACGCGGGUGUAGGAUCUAGGGCAGCUGAAGUCACAGGUUCUCCCACACCAGGGCCAAGGAAUCAAGGGCUGGGGUUAAAGGCUUUUCCUUAGAUGAGAGGUGGGCCAUGGAGAAGGUCCUGGAACUCUUACGGUAGACUCGGACUUGGUAGGCGGACCUCAUCUCCUUUCCAUUCCUGCUUGUUGCCUGACACCGGAAAGUCCCCUCAUCCUGGAUCCCUACUGCUGGCAGGAGGAGGGAACCAUUGGGGAGCACUCGAGCCACGCUAUCCCAGGAGUCUCCCUCGGGAGACAGGACCUUCCAAGCUUCUGUGCGACCUGUGUUCUGAGGACAGAGGAGAGGGGCCUGAACAGUGCGAGUCCUUUGGGAAAGGACUCAUGAGACAGGGAGGUGGGGAAGGGAAUCAUUCCUGGUCUCUGGAAGCAGGGAAACUGUGGCAGGAGACCUGCUUACCAGUUUCCAUUCUAGCUGUUGGGGUGGUUUCUUGGGGGCUCCCCUACAGUUCAGCACCAGUGGCUUCCCAAUCCGGGCCGUGAUGUUUCGAUCGCCUACUACUGCCCCUGGGAGACAGUACAAUGGUGGAGGGGUAGGAAGGAAGGGAGAGGCUAACAAAACUAGGGGAGGUUAAGAUGGGUGAGGGAGCUUGAAAAGCAAUGCCAGGUUCCACAAAGUUCUGGGCAGAUUUGGGGAGUGGGAUGAAAUGCUUUCUACGGGGAGGAUUGGUGUGAGGGGGGGGAAAGGCUCACCCCACAGACUGAGGACCAGCAUCCAGGCUCCUGCUGCUGCCCCUGCUGCCAUCCUGCUUCCUUCCCAGGCUCCUGGCUCUGUGUGCCCCUCACUGCUGUGGCCACGGCCCUAGGUGGGGCUUGCACCCUCUCCUCUACCCCCAUCUUCCCGUCCUGUCCCGCCACAGGGAAUGCUAGGAAUUCAUGCUGCUUGGACAAGAGUCCUUCAGGUAGGAGGAGAAACAAUGAUCACCCCACCCUUAGGCACUGCCGGUCUCCAGGCACAGCCAUAUCCACGGUGGGAGGGGGGGGUGUACCUCCUAGAAUUUCUCAUUACUCAGGACCCCAACUCUGUCUACUGAGGGCUUGCCUGGUGGACGAACUGGAGCCCAUAUGGCUUAGGUAAGGUUGCUGGACGACAGGGUUCAGGCCUGGCUGUUGCCCUUGGGGAGGGUUGAAGGUGAACCGUGGGACCUGGGUGGCGAGGGGAAGGCUGGGAGGAGUCGGGGGAAACACCUGUGUGGGGUUUUAUGAGAGACAGAUUUUGUUCUGGGGUUUCUUAUGUUUUUGAAAAUAAUGCUCAACUAAACCCAGGGAAAAAAGAAAUUUCUUUAUUUAAAACUGUGUGUUUUUUUUUUUUCCUUUUCUGUGAAACUACAAGUUUACAAGUGAGGAGAGAACUGCCCCCAACCCGUUCAUCCUGCCCACCACCCAUCAUACACCCAUCCAAUCUGCUCCCUUCCAGUCCUGCCUGGAUCUUAGACAGGAGAGGUUUCCUCACUAGGACAGUCUUGUAAAAUCCUGAGGAUGUUUGAGGGGCUCAGCUGGUAGGUUUCUGGCCAAGAAUAGGACAUGGGUGAUUUUACUUUCCCCCAUACUUGGCUUUUUGUAAUCUCCCUCUUCUCUCUCCCCACCCUCUUGAUUUUGAACUGAGAAAAAAAAAUGCCUCAUUUCUGGGGAAGUUGAGGGAGAUAUACAUACAGGUACCCCAACCCACAUUCACCAUAUUUGGCAAUAACCCCUUCCCCAUUCUUUCCCCUCCAGUCUGCAAAGAGUAGUUUAAAAAGAUUUAAAGACGUGUCACUCACAGGGGAAGGUGGCUCUUCCUCAAAACUACUGAGUCCAGCCCUGCCCAGGGGUGCCGUGUGUUUGUAUGUGGGGGGAGAAGGGGAUAGGUCAGCAGAACAAGCCCCUGACUACCUCCACAUCAAAUGCAGCAGAGAGCUGCCUGCAUAAGCAAAGAACACUUAAGUGAUCGUACAAGCAAAAAUACCUAAGUCAUUUUAGGGGGGCAGGCUUGGGGCCCUGCUAAGCAUACUUUCUGAUGGAUGGGACUGGAGCCAGGUGGGCCUCUUUACAAGUUCUAUUUGUUCCCCUUUCUCUUAUGACCCCUUCGGCUAUCACCCCUAACGUGGGGAAGUAAGAAAUUAAAACAAAAACAAAACCAAUAUAUUUAUAAAAACAUCUACUUCCCCAAACUAAAAAUUAAGAACCAAUAACAAAACAAAAAAUUCAGAUAGUACAGAUGGAUCCCAGGGUUUCGUUUCUUUCCUUUAAGAAACAAAACAAAACAAAACAAAAACAAAA